AUGACGGGGUACCAUGGUUCACAGAAGAAAAGCGAGUACGAUCCUUGCAAGACAUCCAAAGAUAUAUGUCUGAACAAAGGAAAAUGCACGAAUCGAGAUGGCGACACAGCAGCAAAACAAACAUUUAUGGAUCCGAUAGAAUUGCGUGCCUUCAAAGAGAAGAAUCCUUCUCUCUCAGCGAGUGAGACCAAAAACAAGUUCCUGAUCACCAUUCAAUAUCAGUGUAUCUGUCCGGAUGGUUUUAUCGGCGAAUUCUGUCACAUUACUGAAGAAGAGCGAAGUUGUGAAGAGGACUACUGUAGUAGUCAUGGGCAAGGCCAUUACGACCCGGAGAGUGGUUGCGAUUGCAAAUGCGAUCCACACGAAUGGGUCGGGGAACGUUGUGACAUUCGGUCUCCGUGCGCAGGCUACAGUUGUAUGAACGCAUCAAAUUGUACGCUGAAAUACCAUGAAAAAGAAAACGCAGUCGAAGCUGUAUGCGAGUGUCCUAAAGCAAUCGAACUUGUCCAAGCGAAGGUCACA